ACAAGUACCAAAAACAAACAAACAAACAAACAUCUCUAUAUUUCUCUCUCACACACUAGACCUCCAUUUCUACUAAAUAAGAUCUGUAACUAAAACAAGUACUAAAGUUCUGGUCAAACUCAACGUUGACUUCAUAAUCUAUACAUACAUACAUUACACUGUUUGUAAUUGUGGUUAUUAAUUUUGAAGACAAUGGAGAGAAGAAUUGAUCCUGAUUCGUUGCUUGAUUACGUCGAACUUCAGAUAUUUCCAACCGAUAACAGGUACGAGGCAUUUGUUUCAGCUAGCAAUAGAAUAGAAAAGGUAGCAUCCGGAGAUUUGCACCAACUAUUGUCGCAUUUACCUCAAGUGAAAGAUCUGUCAUCCAAAACCUCCGACUCAAACUUCAGGAUUCUUCCACCGGAUGAUGUUAAAGAUGCUCAAUGGUUUACUACAACCACGUUAAAAAGAUUCUUAGCCAUUGUUGGUUCACAAGACAUUCUUAGUAUUGGAAAUGAAAUCUCUCAAUUAGUGGAGACCAGAAAAUUCCAACUUUCGUUGUUUGCAAAGGCUGAAGUUGAUAUGACAUCAUCAUUUGAAUCUAAGAAUGAGCUUCUGCGAGCAGUAGAUUCAAGGCUCUCAGGAUUGAAAGAGCAAAUAGUUGAUGCCCUCUUCCAGGCUACUGGUGCUAGAUUCUCGCUCAAGGAUAUCUCCGACUUGGAAAACUUUGCUCAUCAUUUUGGAGCAGAAGAUAUAAGGGACUCGUUACAGAAGCUUGUAGAAGUCAGUCCCUUACCAUCACCAAAAGACUCUACGAUUGAAACAGUUGCUUUUGCUUCUCAACCUUCCCAGUUAAAUCCGCCUGUCAAAUAUGGUGUCUCCCCAGCAAAAGCUGCACAGAUUGAACGUCAGAGCUCAACAGAUAGUGAAAACUCUUUUUCAAGUGAAGAAGAACAACCAUCUGUUGAAAGAAGUCGAACCGUUGCAAGAUCUGCAACACCCAGAAGGUCAGCUUCUCCGAUGAGACGAGUCCAAAUAGGACGAACAGGCCCACGCAGGUCAGCCACAUUAAGUAUCAAGAGUCUCAAUUAUUUUCCAGGUAGGGAGAAGACAGCAACUCAGAGAGAUGCCGCUGUUCACGAUAGUGAAGACGAAGAUUUAGAGAAACCUGCUAAACAAAAUGCACUGAGAAUGAGCGUGCAAGAUAAAAUUAGUCUAUUUGAAAACAAACAGAAAGAUCAAGUUGUGGACACCGAGAAGCCAAAGACAUUGCCAACUGCACCUGUUGCAAAUAAAGCUGUACUGAGAAGAUGGAGCUCAGGAAUGAGCGAAAGUGCUACGCAGUGCGUCCGUGAUACAAGUAACGAAACUGUUUCUCCCAAAGGCCCUGAAGAUCCAGCUCCAGGAGGCAAUGCGGAGUCUUGCACUCAAACUUCUAUAAGUCAAAGUUCUGAAACUGCAGAAAACAUCAAAUCAUCCUCAUUCAAAAGAGGUAAUGCUGAUGUAUUAGAUGUUGAAAUGGAGACUAGACAGCUUGAAAUGCAUCCUGCAUCUAUUGAAUGGAAUCAACAAAAGGAAGCAGAAUUGAACCAAUUGUUCAAGAAAAUGAUGGAAAGCAAGCCGGUUAGACGUCAUAGUGUGAACAAUGAUAAUAGCAAAAGCAAGAGUAAUCCGAAGGAACAAAGAGGUGGAUUUUAUGAUCAUUAUAAGCAAAAAAGGGAUGAAAAGCUCCGAAAGGAAGCUUCUGGAAAGAAAUCUGAGAAAGAAUCCCAAUUUAAAGAGAUGGAAAAAUUUCUUGAUGAAAGGAAAGCCGAGAUAGCUUCCACAAAUGAUGUCAGUAAAAAGAAGGUUGCUGCGAGUAAAGCUAGACCCCAAGUUUCUCAAAAGAAUACGACUCAAUUGCCAAGUUCAAGUAAGGAAACAUCAAAAGCUUCUGUUGUGAAGAAAACGACAGCUGCAACCACUACUAAACCAUCUCCUUUGCCUGCUACACGCAAGUCAUGGCCAGCCACUCCAUCACCGAGACCUACAGGAGGUUCACCUGCUAAAACUCCAUCAUCUGGUUCCACUCCUACUGCUAACUUGAGUAGAAAACCUCAAUCUACUUCAUCAGUUGUCCGUUCAAGCACAAAAGUAGAAAAGCCACAACCACGACCCAAGACUCUGAAGUCAACACCGCCUGAAGUUAAGAAGAACAUUAAAACCGUAAAGGAGAAAAAGCAGCCGACGGUAACGAAAGGCACACAGACAGCAAAACCAAAAUCCCGAACUCAAGCAGACAUUCAUGCUGCUACAGCUACCACUGCUCCUGCUAAACCCAGUUUUUACAACAAAGUUACUAAGAAAAGUAGUGUGGUCCCACUGGAGACAAAACCUUUCCUUCGUAAAGGAACUGGGAUUGGUCCAGGUGUGGGUGCGGUUGUUGUCAAGAGUAAAUUAGCGGUUCAACCUGAGGAACCUCUUAACACUGGAGAUCUGAUUCAAGCUGAAAAAAAUCUGGUGGUUGAUACUACUGAAAUUACAAGUCCAAGUCCAAAUCAGGAUAUGGAAUGUGGACCAGCGGAAUCCCUUGCCAAGUUAAACUUGGAAACACAGGUUGCCAGUCCCACUAAAUGUGAGGAACCUGAGAGUCCUAGUCAUAAUCAAUCUGAUGUUUGUGUUGAUGACAUGUUUAAGAUGAUAGAGACGGUUGAUAAUAACAUUGGGACUGAAGAAGAAUCAACACUUUCAAUUUCACCAACUGCAUGGGUGGAAAUAGAAGAGCAUCACCGGGAUGAGAUUAUUCCAUGCAAAGAAAGCCCCAUGCAGGUAGCUGGUCAAGCCAAUCUUGCGGCAUCAUCUGGAGUUUCGAGUCCACGUGUUCGUCAUUCUUUGUUUCAGAUGCUUCUUGAGGAGACGACGAGUGAAGCUGACAGUUGUGAGUGGGGAAAUGCUCAGCACCCUCCUACAAUUAUCAACCAAAAGGAUGCACCAAAGGGAUUUAAGCGCCUAUUGAAGUUUGCCCGGAAAACUAAAGCUGAUUUGAGUCUAACUGAUGGUUCUAGCCCAUCAAGCAUUUUCCGGAGAGGAUAAAAGAUGAAUCUCUCUUUUUCAGUAUCAAGAGGAUGGCAAGACGACUCAGACCAAGCUUUCUUGUUGUUUAGUACCGUUGAAAUUGGUGAAUCUAUAAACACACAUUCUCAUAUACAAGUAAACUUGGUUCUAGACUAAGAUUGCUUCCUUGCAACUAUUCACAUUGUUAUUACUUAGAUUAAAGGUCAAGAAAUGGUCGCCUAUUCCAGCAGGGUAAAUGCUUCUGGAAUUUUUCAUAGACGUCACAAUGUAAAUUAAGUGAUCUUGGAGUCUUGAUAUGUUAUAUGCUUCAAGGUUGGGGCGUUGGGCACAUUAGUCUUUCAUUUGUAUUCUUUUAUUUGUAUCAUCUUACCGUAUAUUGAACGGUUGUUUCUAGCUCCAAUAGUGUAUAUUCAACUUGUUUGCCUUCA